AUGGUUAUAUACAUUGAAGACCCUGUUGCUGAAAUGCAGGCCGAUACUCGUCAACGAACCACCCACUGCCAAAAAACUAGACACCCGUCCUCGAAGGCUACAAAAGGUGUUCACGGGACGAAAGGCACAAAUAGAGAGCGAGGUAUUGUGCACGAUGGCAGUCUAGCUAUUGAAAAUGAACUAUCAAUAGCUUCUUCUUCCCCAGAUGAUUCAGAAUCACUUAUGGCCGCAGUUCGAGACCAGUUAUCACAAAUAACAAUCAAGGGGAGUUCCUCACAAACUGUCAAUGGAAAGGAAUGUUACCAGGAUCCAACUGGGGGAGAUACUCACCCCACCAAUAACACUUCACCAGAAAAAAUUACCAAGAAGAAUGUUACCCAGAAGGCAGACUCUAUUGAGUCAAUACAACGCUCCCAAGAUGAUUUUUCGAUAUCCUCGAAGAACUCGGAAGAAAAGGAGGAUAUCAAGCAGUCAAGAUCCCCUGUUAGUACAAGGAAAAAGGGGAAUACCAAGAUACAACAAAAAUAUGUCAAUGAUAAACAAAGGACUGCUUACGUAAAAGCCAUCCUGAACGAGGCAAUGUCCACAAGGUCUUCGCGAGGAAUACAACAUUUUGACAAAUGGGCAAACAAAGCCGAAGGUUUCUUCGACGUCAGGAAGAUUGCAGAAGGCUCCUACGGAGAGGUAUAUGAGCUGUGUGCAAAAGAGGGGGUAUCCAAAUCAAGCCUAUCAAGCGAUCGAUCAUCUAAACUACAAACCUAUAUGGAUGGCGUUUUUAAAAUUGUGCCAUUAUGCGCACAGCGAGGACCAGGUUCAAAGAAAUUCACGACAGUGGAUGAGAUUGUUGCUGAAGUUCAGUUAUUGAAGCUUCUUGACCCAAUUCCCGGAUUUGCACGAUUUAGGGAGAUACACGUGGUUCAAGGCAGGUUUCCCCCGUCUUACCAAAACGCUUGGGAUAUAUAUAGUCGAACCAAGGACGAUUGCUUCAAUCCCGACCCAAGCAAGAAAAAAUCAUAUCCGGACAAUCAGCUAUGGGCUAUACUAGAAAUGGAGAAUGCAGGUUUUGAACUUGAGAAAUUCAAGUUUUCCUCUGUUUUCCAAGUGUAUGACGUGUUCUGGGGUGUGGCUUUGGCAUUGGCAAGAGCGGAACAAUAUGCUUCUUUUGAGCACCGUGAUCUCCAUCUUGGAAAUGUGUGUGUGAAACAGAAACAGCCCCCUCUUGAUGAGUAUCAAAAGGGGAUGGCCAAAAUGAAUGAUUCAGAGAUUGAACUUUCAGCACGCCUAGGCUUAAGCGGGCUGGAGACAACCAUCAUUGAUUAUUCUUUAUCUCGCGCAGAGCUUUCGCCUUGUGAAACACAGGACACUGGUUAUAUCAACGGAUCAGUAGCAUGGUCUAAUCUCGAGAAGAAGGAAAUCUUCGAUGCCGUUGGAAGGGAUGAAGAGGAGAAAUUUCUUCGUGACACCUAUCGGAUGAUGAGAUCAGAGGUCCUUCAUGACAGUGACCCUGACGCAGUACAGUGGAAAAACUACAGGCCAAGAACUAAUCUUAUUUGGCUGUCCUUUAUUCUAGCUACGCUGGUAAACAGAUGUCGUACUGAGAAGCUGCUUCCAAUAGACCGUCAGCCCCUUGGACAACGCUCCGUGAAUAGCAAUCUUGUCCCUAGGAAACCAAGUGCCAAGUACAAAGUUGCUCAGGACUACAGGACUGAAGGACAAAAACUACGAGACGAAAUUCAGCACGUACUCUUUGAAAGGUUAGAGACCGUUUUGGACCUGCUUGAAUUAGAAGAUGAAUAUGAGACUCUAUCUUGCGCUGGGGACCUGGUGGCCAUUGCCAUCGGUUCUCAAUGGCUAGAGGAGUCCGACUUCCUAUGCUAG